UCCCCCACCGUCAUCGUCUUCGGCGCCACCGGCAGCGUCGGUUCCGCCACCGCCCGCGCCGCCCAGCAGCAAGGCGCCAAAGUCUUCCUCGCGGUGCGCGACCUCAACAAACCCAUCCCGGGCCUCAGCGCCUCGGAGGAAUCCGCGCGCGGCUUCCAGCGCGUCACGGCCGACCUCCUCCAGCCCGAGACGGUGCGCGCGGCCGCCGCCCAGGCGCAGGCGACGCGCGCGUUCGUCUACCUGGCGCACUUCUCGCCGGACCACAUGCGCGCCACGCUGGAGGCGCUGCGGUCCGGCGGCGUCGACUUCGUCGUCUUCCUCAGCACCGCCAGCAUCGUCGGGGACCCACGCGCCGCGCCCCAGAGCGACUACAUCUCGCACAGCCACGCGCAGGUCGAGCUGGGGCUGGCCGAGGUGUUCGGGCCGCGCGGCUUCGUCGCCGUCAGGCCCGCGUACUUCGCCAGCAACUCGCUGAGGUGGGCCGCUGGGAUCCGGGCCGGCGACGCCGGGGUGCUGUACCCCGAGGCGAAGUUCGACUUUAUCACGUCGGGCGAUAUUGGCCGGGUUAGUGGCGCGCUUCUGGCUGGGGAGGUGCCGCCGACGCUGGAGGGCGAGGUGGGUGCGUAUAGCGCUCUCCGUAUUCAUGGACCGAAGCUCGUGUCGCAGGGGGAGGCUGUCGCGAUCAUCGGAAAGGAAAUUGGCAGGGAUAUCAAGGUGACGGCGCUCAGCGAGGAGGAGGGCAUAAAGGCGUACACAGACCUAGGUUUGCCAGAGCCCAUUGCGAGGCAACUGGUCGAUAUGAUAGCGAGACGGCAUCGCGGGGACGACGGCAACUUCUACGAGGGUCCUGCGGCCGAGGAGGCGGUGGCGAAUGUUGAGAAAUACUCCAAGGCGAAGCCACAGCAGUUUGAGGAGUGGGUGAGGGAGAACAAGCAGGCGUUUAUU